AUGCCGCGGCCAAAGGUUCACCCAAGUCAGCGUCAGCGUGCCGCUGAAGCAUGCAACUUUUGCCGCGCGUCCAAGAAGCGGUGCAGUGCCACAGUCCCUUGUACUGCCUGCCAGAGACGCGGCAUCGGAGACUCGUGCUAUCUCACCCAUCGGCCGCGAGGCUCCAGGAGGGUUCCGCCUCGGACAAGGAGCUCGGCCCCGGAGCAGGCCCCGACCUCACCGAGCGGUGGAGACGGUAUCCCGGAUAGCCUAGAUGCCUCGCUGGACCAGCUUCCGCAAGAGUCUGCAUGGAGCCGGGCCGGGUUUGGUCAGGCUAUUGCUCCGGAGUGGUGCCCGGAGGAUGAUCCAGCUUCUAUGGACAAUGAUGCAGAUGCCGAUUACCAGCCGCUUACUCCGUCCGAUUCCCGAAUAAGCAUGUCUGAUGUGACCACGAACAGAUCCGCACACCCACCGACGCAAUUGCCAGCGAGGCCGGGGUCUCCAGCUCUAGAACCGGAGUCGCAUGCCCGGAUGCUACUGAAUCUACGAGGGGAACGAGUCUAUAUCGGCGAGGCUGCAUCUCUAUCGUUUCUUCAGCUCAUCAGAGAUACUGUGACGGCUCAAAUUGGGCCCUCCCAAUUUUCUCACAAUGAGAAGCGUGAUAGUAUGCUAGAGACAGAGCCCUCGGCUGUUGACUCGAAUGGUUUAGAGCCAGCCAAUUGCAAUAUAGACUUAGAGGGCAGUCUACUCUACGCCCGCACCUUCGAAGCUGCUACUGGUGGGCUUCUAGAUAUCUUUGGGUCAACAGAAAUAGAGGAUAUUCUGUUAAAGACUGGAACCGAUGGGGCUCAGUCUCUCAACCCAUGCCAACAUGCCGCCAUUGACCUUGUGAUAGCCAUCGGCGCUCAAUGCAAAUCUCCAAUGGAUGCGCAACAGAUCGGACCAGCUUAUUUUCGUCAAGCACAGCAGCGUGCAUUCGCCGGCAUGCUAGAGGAUCCAAAUAUUGACAUGGUUCGUGCCUUUCUUCUAAUGGCCUUUUAUAUGCUUGGUCACUGUCGAAGAAAUACUGCAUUCAUGUACUUGGGGAUUGCAUCGCGAGCUGCAGUUGCUCUUGGAAUGCACAGCCCACAUUCUUACACGGACUUGAAAAAUCCAUUGUGCCAGUUGAGGCUGCACAUUUGGAUGAGUCUAUGCGUCUUGGAUAUGCUAGUAUGCUCUAUACUCGGGAGGCCACCUGCAACUGCUGCUUCGCGACCCGAUUCACGCACUGCAAGUCUGUUUGCGUCGUACAAAAUACUCACAAUCAUUAAUGAAAGCGUCGAUGCCCUAUACGGGAAGAAAGUUGUGUCCACAGGGAUGGUGGACUCCUAUUUGAACAAAAUUGAAGACUGGAGUAAAGGUCUUCCCAGCUUUCUCCGUAACCCUCUGACAUCUAAGGGCUCUCCGUCGCAAAAAGCCGCCACGGACAGCAUACACGUCGCUUGCCUCUACUACUUUGCCAUCACUCUUGUCACUCGGCCUAUACUUAUAUCCAGGCUCACGUCUCGCCGCAAUUCUGCGACACCUUCGUCUUCACCCAUGGCAUCCGCCUGCCUUGAUGCGGCAGUAUAUCUAGUACAGACAUGCUCGGAGGCACACAAGUCAGGGUUACUGCUUGGCAAUAUGUGUAUAUUAAAGGCCUUGAUAUUCGCUGCUGGGCUUAUCCUUGGAUUUGACAUGUUUGCGAAAAGAGAGCUAGAUUACGAGGUUGAAGUAACCUUCCGCAGCGCCAAAGACGUCCUCGACUUCUUGGGCAUUCAAAGCCCCCAAGCCAGCCAUUACUCAGAAAUUCUAGGCCUUCUAUCCAAUGCAAUCACGAAACGACGGAUGAAACUGUCUUCACGCCCUCGAAGUAGGUAUGUUGGAAAGUUGGUAUCUUUUAGCGACGGAGGAGACUCUAGUCAAGACAACAUCACGAACGACAAUGAGGCUAUGCCUCUUAAUAACACUGGAGGGCUUUCGGUUUCAGUUGGAGAAAUUGGUGGAGUCUGGAGCGCCGAUCUACCUGCGCAAUCUGCAGAGAUGGAUGAAGAUAUGUUACGAGGAUGGGAUAGUUUGGACUUGUCACAGUGGGAUAGUUUUCCCUUUUUCAACCCAAGGUCGUUCUGGCCCUGA